CACGGCUCCGCCCUUCUCAAGAUGGCGCUGCUCACAAUGCGGAAGGCGCGUGGGUGCUGGAGCUUCAUCCGGGCAUUUCAUAAAGGACCUGAACCGGCUCCCGCUCCACAGGUGUCUGAACACACACAAUUAAACUGGAUCCUUACCUGCAUGGUCAGGCUGCCUCGAUUACAGCAUUUACACCAGUGGAAGGCAAAGACUGCCAAGCAGAAGCACGACGGGACUGUGGGCCUGCUCACAUACCCAGUACUCCAAGCAGCUGACGUUCUCUCCUACAAGUCCACACACGUUCCUGUCGGGGAGGACCAAAUCCAGCACAUGGAACUAGUUCAGGAUCUAGCACAAGGUUUCAACAAGAAGUAUGGGGAGUUCUUUCCAGUGCCCAAAUCCAUCCUCACAUCCAUGAAGAAGGUAAAAUCCCUCCGUGACCCUUCUUCCAAAAUGUCAAAAUCUGACCCUGACAAACUGGCCACCAUCCGAAUAACAGACAGCCCAGAGGAGAUAGUGCAGAAAUUCCGCAAGGCUGUGACGGACUUCACCUCAGAGGUCACCUACGACCCUGCCAGCCGAGAGGGCGUCUCCAACAUGGUCUCGAUUCACGCUGCAGUGACAGGGCUCACCACGGAGGAGGUGGUCCGCCGCAGCACAGGCAUGGAUACUGCCCGCUACAAACUGGUGGUGGCAGAUGCUGUGAUUGAGAAAUUUGCUCCAAUUAAAAAUGAAAUUGAAAAACUGAAGAUGGACAAGGAAUAUUUAGAGAAAGUUUUACAAGCUGGGUCAGCAAAAGCCAAAGAAUUAGCCCAUCCUGUCCUCCAGGAGGUGAAGAAAUUGGUGGGAAUUCUAUAGGAAGUUUGAACCAAUCACAAAAGGUUUUUGUAUCUUAUAGUCUGUGCACUGCAACAAAGGCAGCUUUCUUUCAAACAAAAAUAAUUAAUUAAUAUAAAUUAUAGUUUGGGACAUUUAAUUUGAUAUGGCUGAUUAUUGUCUUCAUUUGAUGACAAUGCUUUGUAGCCCUCAAAUACAGCAAUGUUCCAAAUCCCAUCAACAAAAUGUUGUGAUCAGAAAAACAAAAACAGCAAAUUGUAAAAGGAGGUAUAGCAGUCCGAAUCCCCAGCUAUUUGAAGCACACUCCUUGGACUGAAAUAUCUGAACAAAUGUGAUUGAGGUGAGCAAUAACUUGGGAAAUGAGAUGAUUUGUGCUCUUGAUAUUUACUAUAAGAAGUAUUCAUCCCAGCCCUUUUAAAAAGCAGCACACGAAUUGCCUUAGAUUUAUAAUCCUUCAGAUGCCGUUUGAUACAGUUUGUAUACGAGUCUCAUAAAAGUAGGUUGAUUAUUAUUGUUCAUCUUUUUAAUUUUUUUUUCUUUUUCACUACAGUACUGGGCAUCGAACCCCAGGCCUCCCACAUGCCUCUGAGCUACACUCCCAGCUCCUGAAUUAAGUUAUUAAUAAGUCCCCCUCUUUUUUUUUUGCAUUCCUUGGAAUUAGACUCAUCAACCCCCUAUGAAAUAUAUAGGAAAGGAAUUGCCAUUUUACACAUGAAGAAAAUGAGGCCCAGAGAAUACAAUAAACUCAUACAGUAUUACUCAGAAAGAAGCAAAUCCAAGAGUAAAACCUUUUAUAAAUUUUAAAAUAAAAGAGUAAAACCUUUACUCUUUCUAAGAUUAGUUUGUUUUUUUUUUUUUCAUCUGUACUAUGAUCACUAUUUAUACCUAUAUACCUAGAAUGUUGGGCAAAUAAUUUUUUUUUAAUUUUACUUAUAGGGGCUGGAGUGGUGGCUCAGUGGUAGAGUGCUCGCCU